GAACUUUUUAAAAUUAAAAGAAGACGACCAAAAACUAUUUCUUUUAACACGGAUGAAUCGGACAGUGUACAAUAUUCUUUUAAAUAUAAUUAGUCCGUUUUUAAAAAAACCAAAACAACAAGUUGGCGUCGAGGAGCGAGUGGUUAUAACAUUAAUGUACCUCGCUUAUGGAACACCUUUUGAGGUCAUAGCCUCGAUGCAUAAGUUAGGCAAAACAACAGUGCGGAAUAUCGUACUUGAAACGUGUGAAAUACUUUGGUUACAUCUGUCCCCGAUAUACCUUAGCGAGCCAAGUACCGCACAAUAUAAAGAUAUUGCUGCAGAUUUUUUAAAACUGUGGAAUAUACCCAACUGUGUCGGAGCAAUUGACGGGAAGCAUAUAGCUAUUGUUCGUCCACAAAAUUCAGGCUCGUUAUUUUAUAACUAUAAAAAGUUUUAUAGUAUAGUUUUAAUGGCAUCCUGCGACGCUAGGUAUACGUUUACCUCUGCCAGCAUUGGUAGCUAUGGAGGACAAAGUGACGGAGGUGUCUUUCAGCAAUCUAAAUUUGGUAAAGCGCUCUUGGAAAACAAAUUGCCACUACCACCAAGAGCUCCAUUAUGGAAUGAAUCCUCAACAGAUUUUCCACAUUUUUUUGUGGCCGACGCAGCGUUUCCGUUGAAGGAAAACUUAAUGCGACCUUACCCCGGUGCACAGCUGCCACGAAACAAAGCAAUUUUCAAUUACCGGUUAUCGCGAGCUCGUAGAGUAAUCGAAAAUAGCUUUGGUAUUUUAACCGCUCGAUGGCGUGUUCUACGAAAGGUCAUAGACUUUAGCCCAAAGGACUGCGAAACAAUUGUGUUAACCUGCUUGGUUCUUCACAAUUUUGUAAUGUUAAAUGACCAUGAUCGUUGGUAUUGUCCAGAUACAUUUGUAGACACAGACACCGCAGACCAUGGAAUAUUGGAGGGAGAAUAGCGUGAAGAUUUAGAGAGUGUUGGAGGUGCAUUACAUUCAAUAAGUUCAACUCGACGCAAUGCAUCUUGUAUCGCAUUCCGUGUAAGGGAUUUUUUGGCAGAAUAUUUUAUUAACCAGGGAGCAGUUUCAUUUCAAGAAGAUCGUAUUUAGUGUAUAUUUAUUUUAUUUAUAUUUAUAUUUAUUUAUAUCGUAUUUAAUGUGUAAAAUUGUAAUCCAAGUAUGAAGUACUAUACUUUUUGUUACGUUAACUUUUUUAUGAUAUUUUAUUAAACCAUAUGUUUACAUGACUUAGUAACAUAUUUUUCCGCGCUUUGUAUGUGUGUGGUGAAUCUUAGUAACCCUCAUUAAUUUUAUUAAACUUGUAACAAACCAAUUGUAUUUCAUCAAAGAGAAUUUCCAUUUAAUAAACCUAAUAAUAAUUCUUAUAAC